UUCUUACGAACGGCUGACGAACGGCUAACCAGUUAGCAUACAUGUAACUUUAGUUUUUCAGUCGCUGCGACAUUUACUUGAAAGGGUCAUGUAAUGUCAUCCUGCGCAUCAUCAAAACAUAAUUUUAAAUCCAUAAACUCAUAAUUUAACUUUUAAAAACAGUUGCUUUACAAACAUACCUCAACGCCACAGCUCUUGAACGCCUCCCUCGCUGAACGUGUAAAAGUAAAAGCCUAAAAGCAUGGCGGAGAGUCUGAAGAUGAAGAUCGCCGUGCUGGGAGCCACUGGGCAGACUGGACAGUAUCUGGUCAACCAGGCGCUGCAGCAGGGUCACACAGUCACCGCCAUCGUCAGGAACCCGGGAAAACUCAUCUUGCAUCAUGAUAAUCUCAAGAUGGUGGAAGCUGAUAUUUUCUCAGCAGACAGUCUGAAGACUCACUUCAAAGGACAGGAUGUGAUCAUGUCCUGCCUCGGCUUCCCGGUCUCCUUCUUCUCGGCGGUGACGGGCUACACGCUGUCCAUGAACAGUGUGAUCAGCGCCAUGCGGGAGUCCGGGGUCAACAGGAUCAUCACCAUGAGCUCAUGGUUCACUGAGCCUAACUCUGCAAGGCAGUCACCUUAUGUCAUCCGGUUCCUCCUGUUGCCAAUAAUCCGAGGCGUCCUCAACAACAUGUAUGAGAUGGAAAAGCUUCUGGAGAAGUCUGAGGACAUCAACUGGACUGUGGUUCGUCCACCUGGUCUAAAGAACAUGCCGGCCUCAGUUCAGGAGUUUCUGACCCAUGAGGGAUACUUUGUGCCCAACAGCGGUGGUAACGCAGUGGGAAGAGGAGACGUGGCUCGCUUCAUGCUCUCUCUACUCAACAGCAACGCCUGGGUCAAGAAGGGAGUCGCCAUCACUACCAGAUUAGAAAAAAAAGAAGCCAAUAAUGGCAUUAAUGAGCAGUCGGUUCAGCCAAAAAACACCAAUCUCUUGUGAUGUCUAGCCAUAUAUUUUUUUAAAUUGUUGAGGUUUUGAGAUAUGGACGUUUGAGAUGUUUGCCUCCAUCCUAAUGCAACUGAGGUAAAUGGAAGUAUUAUUUAUUUUUUUGACAGUCCACAACCUUACUGUUUUUAUUCGAUCUCACUGCAACAGCAGUACUGAUAAAUCUACCUGUCCUGCUCCAAAAAACAGACAGACCUUUACCAAAGUUUACCAUUAUGUUGGUGUUUUUACACUACAUGAGUUCAGUGCACUUACACAUGAUCGACGUUCAUAACUUCAGCCACAUGAGGGCAGCAUUGCACAAACAUGUCCAUUUGUUUUUUACUUACAGCUACUAUUGCACCAUGUGUGAGUACUUUAUAUAAUCCAAAUAUGUACUGUAUCAGUUCUGUAAAAUAAACGUAUAAUAAUCAAUGA